UGCAUCGAAUUAGAGAAGACAGUAAUCUCAAAUGAAUUUAAUUUUCUUAACUUUAUAAUUCUUCAUACUUCAUUAUGUAUUCUCCAUUACUCUCAGCUGCAGACAAUACGAAUUCGUUGACAGAAUGGGAUCGCAGUCAUUAUUUACAGACAAGGAGUAAUGGAACUAUUGAAUUCUUAAAGAGUUAACUGGCUAAGCUUUGAUGGCUCCAUACCAACCGCACCUUGACAGGCGCGACAGCUACCACGUCAGCCGUAGCCCAGUUAUGGCUCAGUCUUAUCAUGGCUCAAUCAUAAAUCAUAAAACGGCAAGGUGGCACCCCUUAUGCAGUGUCAAAUCUGCGGCUCCAAGUCUAGCAAUCUAUCCAAAAUAUGGCCUCAUCCCUCGGACAUAACUCUCUUAAAUCUCAAUGAUUGGAAAAUUGACUUGGAGAAUAUAUUGGAUGGCAGUUCAACUCAUACACCUGGCUGCGUGGUUUGCGAAACCAUCUUUUCACUUCUCAUCGACACAAAAGAAAACCAUAGCGAUCUUCAAACAUUUCGUCACUUCACCUGCAGGACCGCUUUCCUCAGAGCUCAUUUCGAUCCCUUCAGCCAGAAUUAUGUGCUUAUUCUGAACGCGCUUACGGCAUCACUAACAGACUUCUUCCCCAUUAUGAUCAAUCCACCAUCAAAUACCCUUAGAAAUGACAAGUACGAGUCAAGAAAUAAGAUUCCGGUUAGUAGCGAUUCACCAGAGGCUUUCGGGCUCGCCAAGAGAUUAUUGGAUACAUGUAGAAGAGAGCAUCUAAAAUGUGCCAGCUGCCAGAUGGAUUACGUUCCCUCUAGAGUUCUACACCUUGACCAUGAGGGUGUAAGGCUUGUUUUAAGGUCGGAAGUGAAGGAGGGAUGCGACUAUGUGGCCUUAAGUUAUUGUUGGGGCAAUUCGCAGUCCCUCAUUACAACAAAAUAUACUCUCGAGUCGCACAGGACUGGAAUCCCUUUGGAAGCUCUCCCAAAAGUAUUCAAAGACGCGGUCAAUGUCACAAGACGCCUUAGCAUGUGUUAUCUCUGGAUAGAUGCCCUUUGCAUCAUCCAAGGUGAUCAAGAGGACUGGGAGUCAGAGUCAGGUCAGAUGGAAAAUGUCUAUGGCAACGCAGAACUUGUCUUGGCCGCUGCAAUCUCACCUAAUCCUCAUGACGGCUUCUUACGGGAUCGAGCCUAUCUCCCCACGUGGCGCUAUGCUAGCAUUAAGAUGAAUACCCGAAUACCGCGUAUUAAAUUUACCUACCGCCUACUCGCUCGGCAUAAAGGUGAACCAUUAGAUUCCCGCGCUUGGGCGUUCCAAGAGAGGUUUUUAGCAAGAAGGUACCUAGCAUACCGGGAUGGGUGUAUGAUGUGGGAGUGCCGUGAAGGAAUCUAUUGCGAGUGUGGUUUCUUCGCCGAACAACUCCACGCCACCGCGACCAACCUCGAUUAUAUGCUAAGCUCAAGACCUCAAAUGGGACCAGCAGGUUUAUGGAGAGCAGAUGUCGUUGGAGUAUAUAGCAAGAUGGCACUUACCUUUCCAUCAGAUAAAUUUGUUGCGCUUUCAGCAGUAGCUUCGCGAUUCCAGUCUAUAACUGGCGACACUUACCUUGCAGGCCUAUGGAAAGAAGAUCUCGCCAAUCAACUAUGUUGGCGUACGUCCAAAAGAAGCUAUCCAGAAAGUUUUUAUGCUCCUAGCUGGAGUUGGGCUUCCGUGGACGGCAAGUUUGGCAUCGGCACCCAUCGUGCUGAAUCGGUUUUAAGCAACAUAUUGGACGCAUCGGUGGUGCCGUCAACAAUAAAUCGUUUCGGUCCUGUCUCUGAUGGCUUUGUUCGAGUUCGCGGCAAACCCAUUCUAGCAGAACUCCACAUCGGUAACUCGUACGUCAACGCCACACAGAUCAACCCGGAACCAGACCACGCCAACGGCAACAUACGGCAAAAUUGCUCGAUCGUGAUCCCCGACGUUGAAUGCCAGGAUAUGGAUUGCUCUAUCGAUGUGCCGCUCAUCGCAGAUGGCUUCAUAUUCGAUCCUGCGGCUGGGAAACCAGUGGAUUCUGUGAGAAGAAUCUUUCAUACCGAAAGGGACGUCUAUUCAAUACGUCCCGGUGCGUAUUCUGUCUGGCUAUUCCCAUUAAUACGCUACCGCUUCGAAUUUUACGCAUUGAUAUUGGGACCCUCACUCAGAAGGCCCGACUUGUCUGAUCAUUUCGAGCGCGUCGGACUCUUGAUGAUGAGAAACCCGCCAAAUUGGUAUGAAGAGGCCCAGUAUGAAACCCGCGAAUUCACCCUAGUCUGAAAUGCAGCCUUUUUGAAAUGGCCUCUUUUGAGAUGGGCAAUUUAUCUACAUGUGGGCGAUUGGGCAUUUGCUCCGAUCUCGGGUAGUUUCUUGCAAUACCCAUACCCACCACCGGCUAUGUCCGAGGUAUUUGCC